CUGUAGAGAAACCCAGUUGCUCCGAAGAGGACACCGAUCUGACAUAUUUUCUUCAUACAAAUAUUACCGCUAAACGCAAACAUAGUCACAUGCAGCUAUGCGUCCAUCAGCAUGUGUUACUGUUGAGAGGACGGCUUCACAACCGUGAAAAAUAAACAACUAUGCUCCUUAGAAAUAAGGGGGGGAAUAAAUAUGGCUGGCAGAUGAAAAUUGGGUUGCGGUGAAACAAUGUCUGAAAAGGAAGACGAGAAAGGCAAAAGGGGUGCCCAUCGCACAGAGCUCUACUUUGAGGUCCCACCAACAUGUCUGCCCAUCGUUUAUUCUCCUGAAUAUAACAUCACCUUUAUGGGCCUGGAGAAGCUACAUCCCUUUGAUGCGGGAAAAUGGGGAAAAGUCAUCCACUUCCUGAAAGAGGAGCAGUUUAUCUCCGACGACAACAUAGUGCAAGCCAGGGAGGCCACAGAGGAGGACUUGCUGGUAGUUCACACCAGACGCUACCUGAGCAAACUGAAGAACCAUGUCUUGGAGGGCUCAAGAGAGUGGUCAUUGGUGGUAGCUACAAUCACAGAGAUUCCACCUGUCUUGUUUCUGCCCAACUUCCUGGUCCAGCGCAAAGUGCUUCGACCUCUGCGCACGCAAACGGGGGGCACCAUCAUGGCAGGGAAGCUCGCCAUGGACAGAGGAUGGGCUAUCAAUGUCGGAGGAGGGUUCCACCACUGCUCCAGUGACAAGGGAGGAGGCUUCUGUGCUUAUGCAGAUAUAACAUUAGCCAUCAAGUUCCUGUUUGAGAGAGUGGAGGGGGUUUGCCGGGCCACCAUUAUCGAUCUGGAUGCCCAUCAGGGAAAUGGACACGAGCGGGACUUCUUGGACGACAGACGCGUGUACAUAAUGGACGUCUACAAUCGCUACAUCUACCCCGGUGAUGGAUACGCCAAACGGGCGAUCAAGCGCAAGGUGGAGCUGGACUGGGGCACGGAGGACAUGGAGUAUCUCCAGAAGGUGGAGCUGCACGUGGAAGGGGCGCUCAACGAGGUCCGGCCUGACAUCAUCAUCUACAACGCCGGCACGGACAUCCUGGACGGAGACCCUCUGGGAGGCCUGGCCAUUUCACCGCAGGGCAUCGUGAAGAGAGACGAGAUCGUCUUCCGGGCCGCCCGGCGUCGCAGCAUCCCCAUCCUCAUGGUGACGUCGGGAGGCUACCAGAAGAAGACGGCCCGCAUCAUCGCCGACUCAAUCCUCAACCUGCGCCGCGAGGGCCUGAUCGAGGGCGUGGCCGCCGAGGAGGCGGGCCCAUCUCUCAUGCCACUCAUGAUGAGCAAGUCAGUGUCGUCCGGGGCGACCUUCAACGCCAUCUGAGGCUUUGGUCAGCAGUGGCUGUGUGAAAAGCCCUGCUUCAGAUAAGGACCUCGUAUAGGCUAAGCUUGUCCUAAGUAUGCACUUCCGUUGGCCCCUCUGUGGUGGUUAGUGAAAAUGGAAACAGCCCAAGGCAUGCCAUUUGUUUUAGAAUUCAAAUCACGUGAAAGGAAUGAAAAUGAAAAAUGAGCAUCAUAAAAAAGUGCUCUUAACAGCAACGUGUUUUGGGCGAUGUUGGGCAUAUCAGCUAUCAGAGACUUUAUGAGACGAGUCUCCAUCCAUGAAGGAUGUUUCUUGUUCCUUUUAGCAUUCAGGGAGUUUACAGAGAGCUGACAGAAUCUCUCCACUUCCCAUUUGUUUUAGACAGGUGGUGCAUCUUCAGCCUCAAAGUGGCCAGUCUUAACUCUGUCCAGGGCAUGUUUUCUAACCGCGUUUUUACUUACAGUUAACACAAGCUCACUCCAGCUGUGGGCUGCUCUCACAGUGACCUACUUCACAGUAAAAAAAGAUAACGUACUCAGCACUGUUAGCGUAGGACUAACUAACUAGCUUGUCAGGGACUAUGAGCUCAUUCCAGAAGUGUGGGCGAGUGGAGUUGGAGACGACGCAAUGCGAUCUUCAGCAGAGAGUAGCUUUACGUUUGAAUUAGCGAAGAUAACGCGCUUUAAGUUGAAGUUAAAAGCGCUAGUGUAAGUGAUGUGUGAAAGCAGAAUGAGAGAGAGUGUGAUGCAUUCACAUUCAUUGUGGUCUUGCAUAACAGCUGGUCCUAGAACAGGGCUGGCCCUGAUGAGGCCCAGACUCUUGCCGGAUCAGAGCCAGUCCCAUUCUACAGCUCAGCUCACAUCUUUUUUUUUUUUCAAUAACAGUUGUUAGAAUGGUAUGUUACCAAGUUAGCAAGUUAUUGCAUUCAGGUGGCAAACCCAGAAAAAGUCAAAGAAAAAACACUGGUCUGGUUUUUUUUUAAUUUUUUUUUUUAUAACAGUUGUUAGAAUGGUACGUUAGCAAGUUAGCAAGUUAUUGCAUUCAGGUGGCAAACCCAGAAAAAGUCAAAGAAAAAACACUGGUCUGUUUUUUUUGUAUUUUUUUUUUUAUAACAGUUGUUGAAUGGUACCUUAGCAAGUUAUUGCAUACAGGUGGCAAACCCAGAAUAAAGUAAAAGAAAAAAGACUGGUCUUAAAGGCACAGUACACGUGACUGGGAUGAAUUAGGGAAGGGAAAGUUGAAACUGAGGAAACUGACUGUAAGACAGGUUGGACUACUAUAGUCACAUACAUGAAAUAGAAUCACAUAGCGGUAGUGCAAUUUUCAGGUUUAUGGAUUUGCCAACAAUAUUCUUCAUGCACUGAACCUAUCCCAAUACAUGCCAUGUGUCCACUGUUGGGAUCCAUUUUUUAACCUACUGUUUUUAUUUUGUAUCUUACUGACAAUGAUUUAUAUUUGUUUGAGCUGUUUGGUGUGUUUAUAAAUGUAGGAAAUAUGGAUCUGCAUAUUUGCAUUAGGCCACCUGCUGUAAAUGCUGUGCUGUGCUUUUUGCUGUAUUUCUCCAGUGCUGUAAAUCAUUUUACAAAGAAACACAAUAAUAUGCACGCACACACACACACACACACACACACACACACACACACACACACACACACUCUCUCACAAACAAACAUACACACACACACUCUCUCUCUCUCUCUCUCUCUCUCUCACUCACACACACACACACACACAUGAACUGUUGUAUCACAAGGCUUCUGGCUUUAGCUAACCAUUUCACUGUUCAUGUCAUUAGAUAUUCAUAGCCCCAUUUGAAGACAUGCGAUUUAAAUUUUACAAUCUCAUAACAGCCCAUCCAGGUGCGUUGCACUUUAAUCCUUAAUCCAAACAUACUUUCCCUGUGUGAAACCUGCCUUGACGGAAAUUAAUUCCUCUAAAGCUAAAGUCGCCUCGAUCUGAGAGCCUCUUAUGAUGUGAUUUGCUGUCCGGCACACUCGCAGCAUGCCAUUUUAAUACUGUGUUGGAAAAGGACUGUAAAGCUUGAUCUCCCAGAAUGCCGCCCCAUGCAGAGAAUGAGCAGGGCAGCCUAUCCUGCUGCAGCCUCUCUAACUGAUCUGCUGCAGAGAUCGGUGGUUCUCGCAGGGGGGAUGUUGAAGCAAGGCACAGACCAUAUGAUGACGGCACUUUGCACAUAUGAUUGGAUGGUUGCACAUGCUCAAAGAAGGGUACCUUCACUCAUGCCUAAUGGUCUGGAAUCGAAUGGCAUGGAGUAGCAGCUGGGUUGGACUGAUCUGACUUAAGUAACUCAACUGCUUUGAGUGUUUUUUCUCGCCCUGUGUGUGUGUUUUUUGUUGUUGUUGUUUUUUUGUUUUGUUUUUUUUUUGGGGGGGGGGGGCUUUGUUUUGUUUGGCAGGCUAACACCUGACUUUAGUUGGUAAGAGAUUUUUUACCUGAGUUGCAAGAAUGACAGAUUGCAUUUGUAUUAUCUCCAUACAUACCAAACUUUUUAUACUCAUGCACACACACACACACACACACAUAUAUACAGUAUACAGUAUACAGACACACACACAAAGCAGUUUUGAUCAAGCAUCUUUUUUUGUAACAUCCCAAAAGGUAGAUUACAGGUGUGUGUGCCUCAAGGCCCCCCCCCCCUCUCUCUCUCUCUCUCUCUCUCUCUUUCUCUCUCCCUCUCAGCAGUCUGACUCAUCCCCCCAUCAGCUCUGACUGCAUCUGUUAUUAAUGAGAACAGUCCAUGGGAGACUCUUUGGGAGAAACUAAGAUAACUGCGAGGGAAAUGGAGAGGAAAUAAUCUCCCCCAAAAAACACACACACACACACACACACACUACACACACAUACUACACACUCCUUUAUUCUUUCUGGGGUGAAGUCUUGUGUCUGUAGAAGUUUGUGAGAGCUAAUAGGUUUUGAAAGGAGCUCUUCCCUGUGCGGAUGAUCGCGAGGCUUGCGUCUGUCUGUUGUCGUUAGCCGCGUGUGCGUCUCUGGCUUGCUUGAGGGAACUGACUAAUGGCCCUGUAAUGAGCUGCUGGUGCUCUCUCUUCUACACUUCAUGUCUUUUUUUCGAGGGCUCUCAGAAACACAAUGGCAGAAAAGAUACUUUACCUACCAUCGAACCCCCCCCCACCCCCCCCCCCCCCCCCCCUCCACACACACACACACACACACACACACACACACAUAAACACACCAUCCCCUCGACAAACACAGUUUCCAUUCACCACUUUUCCACUCAUCAGUCCAUUUUCUCUGUUCAGGGUUCUGAAAGGUAUGACUGUGCCGAGGCUAAUGAGUUUUGCUUAUUGAUAAGAAUGGAGACGGCUCUUCAGAUGGAUGAAAACAUUAGCGCUCCUUUAGCCGUAGAUGACUAGCCUACAGUGUGGAGAAUGGAGAACAUGGACACUGCCUUUUGGAUCGAUAGAAAACAUGAACGCACCUUUUUGUUGUUUUGUGUAGGAUAUCUGUCCACUACUGAUCCUGAUAUGCCAUGUUGUUGUUGUUGGGGUUUUUUUUGUGUCUUUUACUUCUUCAAAGUGCUGCUGACUAAUAGCACCUUAUGUUUUCAUACAGCCAUGUAUAAACUGUCAUGUUUUCUAAAUCUUGCUUCGGCUUUGGCUACACUGUAGGGUAUGCCAGAUGGUGUUAAUGAUACCUCCAUGUUCAAAUUGUAUAAAUAAAUCAGGACUAA